CAUCAAAUCAAACAUACACAAAAGGCCAAAAGAAAAUAAGCACCUUAUACAUAACACAUUUUUCUAUCUUUGCAUAUAAUUAAUUAAUUCCUAACAUAUUAUUAUACACUUCAUCAUGGUUUUUCCAAAGCCAGCUUCUGAGUCUGACCUUAUUCUUCACUCUAACUUUAUCUCUCGUUAUGCUAAGGACUCUAUUCCUAGGUUUAGCAUGCCAGAGAACUCAAUGCCAAAGGAAGUUGCAUACCAGAACAUACACGAUGAGUUGCAGUUGGAUGCUAAUCCAAAGCUUAAUUUGGCUUCUUUUGUUACCACAUCCAUGGAGGAAGAAUGCAACAAGCUUAUUAUGGAAUCUAUCAACAAGAACUAUGUUGAUAUGGAUGAGUAUCCAGCAACCACUGAUCUUCAUAAUCGAUGUGUGAACAUGAUAGCGCGUUUGUUCAAUGCUGAGAUAGGAGAAAAUGAGAGUGCAGUUGGUGCAGGAACAGUUGGAUCAUCAGAGGCCAUAAUGCUGGCAGGACUUGCAUUCAAAAAGAAGUGGCAGAACAAACGCAAGGCUGAGGGUAAACCUUAUGAUAAGCCUAACAUGGUCACUGGUGCCAAUGUGCAGGUAUGUUGGGAGAAAUUUGCUAGGUACUUUGAGGUGGAAUUAAGAGAAGUAAAGGUGAGAGAAGACUACUAUGUGAUGGACCCUGCCAAGGCUGUUGAGAUGGUAGAUGAGAACACAAUUUGUGUGGCUGCAAUCUUAGGUUCAACUUAUAAUGGAGAAUUUGAAGAUGUCAAACUCUUGAAUGAUCUCUUGUUAGAAAAAAACAAGCAAACUGGAUGGGAUACACCUAUUCAUGUUGAUGCUGCAAGUGGUGGAUUUAUAGCUCCUUUCCUAUAUCCAGAGCUAGAGUGGGAUUUCAGACUCCCAUUAGUGAAGAGCAUAAAUGUUAGUGGUCACAAAUAUGGCCUUGUUUAUGCUGGAAUUGGCUGGGUUAUAUGGAGGACCAAAGAAGACUUGCCUGAAGACCUUGUCUUCCAUAUUAAUUACCUUGGCGCGGACCAACCCACAUUCACCCUAAAUUUUUCAAAAGGUUCUAGUCAGAUAAUUGCUCAAUAUUAUCAGCUAAUUCGCCUUGGUCAAGAGGGUUACCGGAGUAUAAUGGAGGACUGCAGAGAAAACGCAAUGGUGUUGAAGGAACACUUGGAAGAAACUGGAUACUUUAACAUACUCUCAAAAGACAACGGUGUUCCUAUGGUAGCAUUUUCUCUCAAGGACAGUAGCCAGCAGUACGAUGAAUUCAAGAUAUCAAAGAUGUUGCGGCGCCAUGGUUGGGUUGUACCGGCAUAUCCGAUGCCACCUGGUGCUCACCACAUCAAAGUGCUCCGUGCGGUCAUCAGAGCUGACUUUUCGCGCACACUUGUUGAACACCUUGCGCUUGACAUAAAAAAUGUGUUGCAUGAGCUUCAUAAAAUUCCCCUAGACAUUAACGAUGAGAAGUUCUUGGUUGACACUGCAUUGGGUGAACACAGAGAAAUCAUUGCUCAAGAAUCCAACAAGCGUCAGAAAAUCAUGGCUGUCUAGAUAGAUAUUGUGGGUUGUCUAGUUCUCUUUGGCAACUAAAUAAAGAGCCUUAAUUAACUAGUUUUUCAUCUAACUCCAACAACAGUCAAACCUUUAACUAUAUUUGCUUCAUUUUUUCAGAUCAGUAACCUUAUUUAAUUAUUGUUGUGUUUGUAGAUUUUUUUUGUAACAAGUUUGAUGAAAUUUUGAUAGAAAAAUUUGUAUUUGUAUUUGUAUUUAUUUGUCUUCUUGUGCCAGACAAUUUGUAAUGUAGUCAAAAGUGCCAAAGAACUGCAUAAACUCCGCAUAGCAUCUGGAGAUUGGUCUUAGAGUUUCAGAAGCUAUGAAUCGAGUCGUUUUGGGUCAUAUUGUCGGGUUCGGAAACAAUCAAAGUUCCUUUAUCUAUGUCAUUCUCUGCCAUCAUUUUGUUGUUAAUGGUUGCAACUAAUUUUGAUUAA